UUUGAUCCUUCAAAAGUCAGAAAGAAGAAAAGUAUUACAGCUUACUCUCUGACAACUGGAACUUGUCCGAGGAGCCCAUUUUCUUCUCCUACAAGCUCUAAAAAAAUGAAGUAUAAAAAUAGACCAUCAAACGGGACGAGAAAACAACUGGGUCACCUCAGUGUAGCAGAAAGAAAGGGAUGUCCACCAAAAGACAGUGAUGAACUGGUGACCUUCUCCGAAGUUGAGAAAUCGACGGAGGAAAUUAUGAAACGAAACCUAAGGAGCCUACAGGCCUUAGAGGAGGGCAACAAGGAGUUUGAAAAUCUCAUGGGCACCUCCUUUAUGUUCUUAAAGAAACAAGUCAGGAAAACCAAAGAGCUACUGAUAAAAGUGACAAAACAAAAGCUGUUUGAAAAUAAAAAUUCAGGACUUCCUCACAAAGAAUUAAGCCAUCUUGACAGCUAUGAAUUCCUUAAAGCCACUUUAAACCCAGGCCCUUAGGAGAGAGGCGCGCAUGGGCACGGCUUCUGUGUCUACCAGGUCACAUUUUCGGGG